AUGUCAAAACCUUCGAUCAUCUUUAUCCCUGGAUCUUACGUUCUGUUGCCGGUCUAUCAACCGCUCUUCGAUGCCGUCUCUGAGGCAGGCUACGAGAUCAAAGGCAUCCAUCCGCCUACCGUUGGACUAAGCAGCCGACAAGGUAAAGAGGGUCCGGCACCUUCCAUGUACGACGACGCGGCGGUGAUUGCGCAGGCGGCUGAGAAACUUGCCGAUCAGGGCAAAGACGUGAUUCUUAUGGGCCACUCGUAUGCCGGUAUCCCGAUCUCCCAAAGCACAAAGGGACUAGGAAAGGAGGAGAGGAAGGCUCAGGGCAAACCCGGAGGGAUCGUCCAGCUCGCUUUCAUAUCCUGCCUUGUCCCUGCAAUUGGAAACUCAGCUACUUCUCUCCUGGGCAGGUUUCCCAACGAGAAAAGGCCCUUGGUGUCCAUUGACGAAGAUGGUUGGAUGUUAAUGGAGGAUCCAGCGGCGACCGCUAGAAUAAUUUGUCAAGACCUGCCUCUUGGGGAGGGCGAGGCCAUUGUCACGGGCUUUGCAAAGCAUUCUGCGCAGAGUUUCGGCAACCAACUAACACACGCUGGAUACAAGGAUAUUCCAGUUUCAUACUUGUUGUGUGAGGAAGACUUGGCGGGCCCUCCUGAUUUUCAAAGAGAAAUGAUCGCUAUGAUUGCUGAAGCGAGUGCGGUCUAUGAGCUACGACGAUCGGGUGUGCUGGAUGCGAUCCGCGAACGGGGUUUCCACCCAAACGUUUUCUGCUGGCGCAAACUUGAUGGCCUGUUCCUAGCAGGACUCAAUCAUCGCGUCCUGGAAGAUGAUCCGGACCGUAUGAUCUGCCUUCCACUCAACCAACUGGGCCAGAUCCUCUACGAACGCCUAGUACAGCAACCGAACGUGACUAUCUGUUGGGAUCACAAGGUCGUCGCCAUAGGGCAAGAUGAAAACAACGCGUGGGUGGAUGUUGUUACACCAUCGGGCACGAAGAAGUUCUCGGCGACAUAUAUCGCGGGAUGUGACGGUGCAAAUAGCCAAAUUGUCACGAACCCACCGUUGUCCCCAAGUACUCUACGCCCUCCACCCGAAUCGGGUGGACGGUAUAGAAAGAAAAGGAAAGGAUAA